UUCAGCCCCUCCCCACUUGGACGCAUUACGUGCUCACGCAAGACGUCAUACGGAAGUGUUUUUUUACAGAAGAGCCCAUCAGCCAGGCUGAGCUGUCACUAGUCUCUUCAUUGAAAAUGUUGAAAGCUGUGGUUUUAAUCGGUGGUCCACAAAAGGGCACCAGGUUCAGGCCCUUGUCAUUUGAAGUCCCCAAACCUCUUUUUCCUGUUGCUGGAGUCCCCAUGUUGCAACAUCACAUAGAGGCAUGUGCCAAAGUCCCAAAUAUGAAGGAAAUUUUGCUCAUUGGCUUUUACCAGCCUAAUGAAGAAUUGACCAGAUUUCUGGUCAAUGCACAGCAGCAAUUUAAAAUUUCAAUCAGGUAUUUACAGGAGUAUUCAGCCUUGGGCACUGGAGGGGGUAUCUAUCACUUCAGAGAUCAGAUUGUUUCAGGGAGUCCGGAGGCUUUCUUUGUUCUCAAUGCAGAUGUAUGUUCAGCUUUUCCUCUCACUGAAAUGCUAAGUUUUCAGAAGGAGCACGGAGAGCCAAAUAGCUUUGUAAUCCUCGGCACUACAGCAAACAGAAAGCAGUCCCUAAAUUAUGGAUGCAUUGUUGCAAAUGAAGAAACAAAUGAGGUCCAGCACUACGUUGAAAAGCCCAGUACAUUUGUUAGCGACAUUAUCAACUGUGGGAUCUACCUGUUUAACCCAGACAUUUUUAAGCACAUUGGAGCUGUUUUCCAGAAGAACCAGCAGGAUAUGUUGUUAGAGGAACCAAACAAUGGGUGGCAUAGAGCAGAGCAUAUACGACUGGAGCAGGACAUUUUCACUGCUCUGGCAGGGCAAGGCAAACUCUACGUGUACAAGACCCUCAGCUUCUGGAGCCAGAUUAAAUCGGCUGGGUCUGCAAUUUAUGCAAGUCGACUGUACCUCAACCAAUAUCACACAAGUCACCCUGAACGUCUGGCUACAAACAAAGAAGGAGCCCCCAAAAUAAGUGGUAAUGUUUACAUUCAUCCAACUGCAAAUAUCGACCCCACAGCAACACUGGGCCCAAAUGUGUCCAUUGGGAUGGGAGUGACGAUUGGUGCUGGGGUCAGAGUACGAGAAUCCAUCAUUCUUCAUAAUGCAACACUACAAGAUCACUGCUGUGUUUUGAACAGCAUUGUGGGAUGGGAAAGCACCAUCGGCAAAUGGGCCCGAGUGGAAGGCACCCCCAGUGACCCCAACCCCAAUGACCCUUAUGCAAGAAUCGACAGCGAAACGUUGUUCAGAGAAGGCAAACUCACUCCGUCCAUUACUAUUCUUGGUUGUAAUGUGAGCAUUCCCUCUGAGGUCAUUAUACUCAACUCCAUCGUCCUCCCACACAAAGACCUCAACCGCAGCUUCAAAAACCAAAUCAUCCUCUAGUUUGGGGCUUGCCUUGCCGUUCCCCCUACUGGUGCAGAUGAAGGACACGCUGACACUGCCUCUGAGUUACUGUAUACAAGAUGCUGAAAAGGAAAAAAGAUAUGGGACUUGAGAAAUGAUUGAAGUACAGAUUUUUUUAUAUUUGCCCACCAGCCUUUAUGCAUCAGUCGGUAUGAGCAUUCAACAACUUUUGACAUGUUGACUGACCUCGAGAUUUGCACUGUUCAAGCAUCACACUUUGACCGCCUGCUUUAUAUCAUACAAACUUGAUUGGGUUCACCUUCAACAACUUGAUAUCAUAAUUUCAGAAAGACUGAGCAUUACAUUACAUUUCUCAAUUCAGUAUUUUAUUUAAAAAGGGUAACUAGGAGUUGAGUCUUCGAAUUUGCCAUAUUCAUCUUGUGGUUUUAAGUCCUUUCAACUGAUAUCAAUCAACCUUUGUGAUUGAAUGAGGCAACACAAUUUUUUUUUUUUUUUGGGGGGGGGGGGUAAUUAGAAAAUAAAUUUUAGGUUAUUGGUGGAGGCAGGGAACACUUUGAACUUUGUUUCAUAUGGAUAGGUUUGGUAAUUACCAGUGUAGAGAUAUUAAACGAGGUAAAAACAAAUACGCAAUUUGACAGUUAUGAACAUUUUUGCUGGGUUACGAUUAUUGUUUUCAGAUAAUUUUAGAUAAAAGUUACACAUUGCACAUCUAAGAAGCUAUCUGUGUAAACUGUUAUUCUCUUCACCUUGCAGUGGUAAUGCCAGAUCAGUGGACAUUGUGUUUUUAUUAUAUUUGCCCAAAAUUGUUGUUAAAUUAGUAAUAUAUUUUGUUGAAUGUACUCUGAAGUUAAUUUAUUAAUGACCACUGUUUCCCAAGGGCACCCUGGACUGAUUAUGAACUUUGCUAUUAGAACAAUAAUUAAGGGAAUGAAAUACUUUGUAGACUGACUGCAUGGUGAAUCUGAAGUGACAAUUAUUUGUGUGGCUUUUGAUUAAAACUUUUGUUACCGUA